GGGAGUUUGUGCGCUAGCGAUAAAUCGACCCCUCCACUUGGCCACUAUGAUCGAUAUAUGUACAUUCUUUUAGUAUACAAGGAACGUUUUCCCGGGCAAGAUGGUCACGAUCAUCCAACAUAAGAACCUCCUCACCACGAGCUGUUUGUUUCUUUUGCUAUACUCUUUCAUCCUAACUGUCUCUGGGUCGUACGAUUACUCUACGUCCGAGGUGUUCGACGUUGGCGAAUUCGCAGGAGAAAAACGCGACAACGAAUGUUUGUCGAAUCACAGAAGAAACUUAUUAAAGAGAAAUUAUGUUUCAAGAAGUAAGUCAAGGUCGACAUUCGAAGAAAAUUCAGCUGGAGAGGUGGAGACCGAGAAAACGAAUCAAAAGAUACAAAGAAAAUGGAAGUCCCAAAGAAAAAGAAAAUUCAAGAGAUUCGCAGUUCCUGAAAGCAUCGAGAAGAACGCGACCAGUACCAUCAAUAGCACGGAAGACUUCUUCAAUGCGACAAAUAACACGUCUACGAAACCAGCCAACGAAGAAGAAGGAGAAGAGUCUUUGAAAGUAACAAAUUCAAGAAACGAACGGAACAAUAGUUCGACAAAUGUAAUGAAUCUUAAGCAGGAAAAUAAGACAUCGGAAAAAAGUGAAGGACGGAGUCCUGCAAUUUUAGGAUUUCGUCGUAUGGCACCCGUGGCACUUCCCAUAAACUCCGGUCGAAAAAUUCGUGAAAGGUUUAUGAAGAAAAAAGUCGUUACGAAACAGUUUCCCGAUGUGGACUUUACAAUAGCCGAGAAAAAGAUUUUGAAGAAUCUUUUGCAUCAAAUUGAUCGUCACUUUAAUCGUUCGAAUAAACUAAAAAAAGAUCGGAUAAAAGAAGAAGACGUUUCUUUGUCGGAGGAGGACGAAGAUAAGGAAAAUGAGGAUGAAGAGCCGGAAAAUGAAUACGGGACUGAAGUGAAAGAUCCAGAAAUUGAGAAGGAAGAUGAGGACGAAGAAAAAAAUGAAAAGAAUGGAAAUAAUAAAGAGGAGGAAAAUGUAAAAAGCGAAGAUAAAUCAGAAGAAAAUAGGUUAAACACGUCGAUAGUGUCGUCCUCUUCGGAUACAGAAUUGUUUGAAAUAAUUCCCGAUAUAUUUCUACCAAAAAGAAACAACGGUAUUAUCGAAGGUAAAAUUUUUCCUUGGAAAGCUCUGACAUCGAAAAAAUAUACGAAGGAAGUUUCGAUGCAGGAAGGACCUAAUAAGAAACAAACCACUAAGGAAACCAAAUCCAAACUGAGUUUCCUUUAUGUGACCGAUCCUAACACCAAACCGAAAAGUAAAGAAAAAUUAGAAAAUCCUGUAGAAGUAUACGAUAUGAAGAUUGUAUUGAAAAAUCACGAAAAUGAUAAUAAAAUCUUACCUUACGAAAUGAUCGAACAAAAUGUAUUGGACAAUAAUGACGUAAGUGUGAAUAAUACGAUUUAUACUAUGCUCUAUACUACUCCCCAAUUUUUAAAUAAAAUUUUAAAUUUGGAUUUAUUUUAAAUUUAUAAUAUAAUUAC